GUGAAAGCUUGACUAUACGGAAGUUAGACAAUACCACCUGCAAAAGAAAAUGACUUCUAAGUUUUCAGAAGAGGAUUUCUCCUGUCCUGUGUGUUUUGACAUCUUCAAGGAUCCUGUUCUCCUGCAGUGCAGUCACAGUGUGUGUAAAGUGUGUUUGGAGCAAUACUGGGAAGCUAAAGGAUCCAGAGAAUGUCCUGUAUGUAGGAAAAGAUCACAACAGAGUCAGCUACCCACAAACUUUGCUUUAAGAAACCUGUGUGAGACUUUCCUACAGGAGAGAAGCCAGAGAUCAUCACCAGAGUCUGGAACAGUCUGCAGUCUGCACAGUGAGGAACUCAAACUCUUCUGUCUAGACGAUCAAGAGCCGGUGUGUUUGGUGUGUCAGACAUCAAGAAAACACACUGACCACAAAUUCUGCCCCACUGAUGAGGCAGCAACAGACUGUAAGGAAAAGCUCAAGACUGAAUUAAAGCUCCUGAAGGAGAAACUGGAGAACAGUGAAGACUGCAAACUGAACUGGAGUCAGAUUGCAGAAUAUAUACAGAUUCAGGCCCAACAAACAGAGUGUCAGAUUAGGGAGCAGUUUGAGAAGCUUCACCAGUUUCUACGAGAUGAAGAGGCAGUCAGGAUCGCUGCACUGAGAGAGGAAGAGGAGCAGAAGAGUCAGAUGAUGAAGGAGAAGAUUGAGAAGCUGAGCAGAGACAUAUCAUCUCUUUCAGACACAAUCAGAGCCAUAGAAGAGGAGAUGAGAGCUGAGGACGUCCUGUUCUUACAAAACUACAAGGCCACAGUGAAAAGAGCCCAGUGCACACUGCAGCAUCCAGAGGAGCUUUCAGAAGCACUGAUCCAUGUGGCACAACAUCUGGCCAACCUGAAGUUCAGAGUCUGGGAGAAGAUGCAGGACACUGUCCAGUACAUGCCUGUAACACUGGACCCAAACACUGCUCAUCCUCUUCUCAUUGUAUCUGAUGAUCUGACCAGUGUGAGACUCAGUGAAGAAGAACAGAAGCUGCCAGACAAUCCAGAGAGACUACAUGCCUGCUUAUGUGUCCUGGGCUCUGAGGGCUUUAACUCAGGGACACACUGCUGGGAUGUUGACGUUGGAGACUGUGCAGCCUGGUCACUGGGUGUGAUGACAGAAUCCGCUCAGAGGAAUGGAGAUAUAAACUCCAGAACUGGACUUUGGUAUAUGUGGUAUUAUGAUGGUGAAUAUGGAGCAGGUUCUACACCACAGCCACACAGUCUCCUCACAUUAGAACAAAAGCUUCAGAGGAUCAGACUGCAGCUGGACUGGGACAGAGGAAAUCUGUCAUUCUAUGACCCUUUUACUGGCACACAUGUACACACUCUCUCACAUACAUUUACUGACAGAUUAUUGCCAUAUUUAGCUAUUGGUUCUGAAAUGUCUCCUCUACAGGUCCUUCCCACUGGAAACUAUGAAAAUGUAAAUCUCUUAAAAUGAACGCAAGCUCAGCUCGUAUAGCUGAGAGUUGCACAGCAUGGAGAAGCUUUUCAUAGAUGUCUCAGGUAUUAUUUUAUUCUAGAACUUGAAACAGAUUUUCUUGAAUGAUGUCCAUGCUGCCUUUUACAAUAAUAAUCUGACAUCUUUUGGCUAUCGUAAUACAGAAAUAUUAAAUAUAUUUAUUUCAUGUCACAUUUAAUUACACAACACUCUUUUCUGCUGGAUAACCUCCUACAUUCUGCAGACUGUAGAAUUUGUUUGGUACAAGUAAAAAGGUUCAGAUUUAUGUUGUUAGUCAGUCUAUAUAGAUUCAUAGUCAGACCCAGGAGGUCAGCUUUUGCCUUGCUAGAAGUAUCCUUUAUUUGUAUUCAAAUGAGACCAUUACCUAGGGAUUAUCUACUGAUAGCCAUGUAGUCCAUCCUUGUUGUGGAAUCUGUAUCUCUACCCAGAUGAAAGCAGGAAGAGUUUGCAGGUAUCUUCUGUACCGCCAAAUCAAGGAGUCUCAUAUCGCUUUGACCCAGGCU